GUGGCACGACAACACUCCAGGCCCGUGUUGCGUUCACAGUCACCGUAGCGUUCUGGAAAGUCACGCUGUGGUGGAGAGCUACCGCGAACUUUACCGUUUCGCCCGACGGUGUUUCCCGUGGCUGUUUGGCAAGAUGCUAAACGCUCCUGCGGCGGAGAGGAACAAGGAGCCGAUCCUGUCGGUGUUGCGCGGGUGCGUGGACGGUCGGAGAGCCCUGCGGGCGCUGGAGAUCUCCUCCGGGACCGGACAACACGUCGUGCACUUCGCCCGGGCUCUGCCCAACAUCACCUGGCAGCCGUCCGAGUUUGACCUGCAGUCUCUGUCCAGUAUAGAAGCGUACAGAUCCCACCACCAGCUGGAGAACGUGAAGCCCCCGAUUCACCUGGAUGCCUCUCAGUCUCACGAACACUGGGGAGGAAUCCACCCCGAGACCCUGGAUCUGGUCGUCAACAUUAACAUGAUCCACAUCUCAGCGAUGUCCUGCACCGAGGGUUUAUUCAAAGGAGCUGGAGCUCUGCUGAAGCCGCAGGGGCUGCUAUUGACUUACGGGCCCUACGCCGUGAAUGGUCAGAUCACCCCGCAGAGUAAUGUGGAUUUUGACUACAGCCUUCGACAAAGGAACUCGGAGUGGGGUCUCCGAGACGUGUCCCUGCUCAGCUCAAUAGCCCAGAGAAAUGGUUUAUUCCUGGAGAGAUGUGUGGACAUGCCAGCGAACAACAAAUGCCUUCUCUUCAGGAAGGAGAGCUUGGUGUGAUUCCAGCCAUUCCUCACCUGGAGACUGAUCAUUAUCACUGAAGAAGAGAGGCCUUGGGAUUCCUUCAUUCGCCGCCAAAUGUUUUAAAAUGUUGAAAACCUUCAUCAAAGUUUCAUGAGUUAAUGUUGUCUAAACCUUCCUUUUUGUUCACGUGACAAUAUUUCUGCGCUUCUGUCUUGAAACGUUUGGACUUGAUCGACUAAUUCGA